GCGCCCGCCCACUGCGCGGGCCGGCUACGGCAGCUGCAGAGGCUGCAGCGGGCUCGCCGGGCCCCUGAGUGGAGAAGGCUUGCCCAUGCGGCUGGCGGACCUGGGAUUGGUGGAGAAGGAGGGGCGUUGGGCGGGCGUGGGGGCGGUUCCCCCGCGCAGGUCCUCCUCUCGCCCCGCCAGGUUUCCCAGGCGGGCUUUAUCUGGUGGCAUUUGUCCGGGGACCAGGUCCACAGUUUUAUGUGUAAGCAAGAUGGAGGCUGACCUGUCUGGCUUUAAUAUUGAUGUCCCCCGCUGGGACCAGCGCACCUUCCUGGGGAGAGUGAAGCACUUCCUGAACAUCACGGACCCCCGCACUGUCUUCGUAUCCGAGCGGGAGCUCGACUGGGCCAAGGUGAUGGUGGAGAAGAGCAGGAUGGGGAUUGUGCCCCCGGGCACCCAAGUGGAGCAGCUGCUGUAUGCCAAGAAGCUUUAUGACUCGGCCUUUCACCCUGACACUGGGGAGAAGAUGAACAUCAUUGGGCGCAUGUCCUUCCAGCUCCCUGGCGGCAUGAUCAUCACGGGCUUUAUGCUCCAGUUCUACAGGACGAUGCCGGCGGUGAUCUUCUGGCAGUGGGUGAACCAGUCCUUCAAUGCCUUAGUCAACUAUACCAACAGGAAUGCGGCUUCCCCCACAUCAAUCAGGCAGAUGGCCCUUUCUUACUUCACAGCCACAACCACUGCUGUGGCCACGGCAGUGGGCAUGAACAUGUUGACAAAGAGAGCGCCACCUUUGGUGGGCCGCUGGGUGCCCUUUGCUGCAGUGGCUGCUGCUAACUGUGUCAAUAUCCCCAUGAUGCGACAGCAGGAGCUCAUCCAGGGAAUCUGCGUGAAGGACAGGAAUCAAAAUGAGAUUGGUCAUUCCCGGAGAGCUGCAGCCAUAGGCAUCACCCAAGUAGUUAUUUCUCGGAUCACCAUGGCAGCUCCUGGCAUGAUCUUGCUGCCAGUUAUCAUGGAAAGGCUUGAGAAAUUGCACUUCAUGCAGAAAGUCAAGGUCCUGCACGCCCCGUUACAGGUCAUGCUCUGUGGGUGCUUCCUCAUCUUCAUGGUGCCAGUGGCGUGUGGGCUCUUCCCACAAAUAUGUGAAUUGCCGGUUUCCUAUCUGGAACCAGAGCUCCAAGACACCAUCAAGGCCAAGUAUGGAGAACUUGUGCCUUAUGUCUACUUCAAUAAGGGCCUCUAAAUGCCCCACAUCAGCAAGGACCAGUCUGUUCACAUAUUCACUAGCUCCUCCUUAGCUAUGUGUACACUUGUGCCCUCCUUCCUCUUUGCCAGCAAGGCCUGAAGGCCAGGGUAGAUUGGGGGGUGGGACAAUGAAUGCCUCAUGCUUACACCCUGGCACCUGGUUGACUGGACUCCAGGGGGAAAAAGUGAAAAAGGGAAGCAAAGGCCAACGUCUUCAAGCUGCUUCCUCCUUAGCCCCUGUCCCCUGUAGACCAGAAGCUGAGGCCCGUUCCAGCCAGGACUGGGGAAAAGCCUUUGGUUCAAAAGGAAGUUUCUACACCUGUUUCUUCUUCACUUCCUCCUCCUCUCCCGAGCAAUGGAACCUUUUACCCAGGCAAUUUUAGCUGAAUACAGGAAAAAGAAGGGGGGAAGGACUCUGUCCUCUUGGGGCCCAUCUCCACCCUUCCUCAUUGCCUCCUUGUCUGAUAGUUGUGGUUUUUUUUUUAGCCGGAGUCUCUCUUUGUUGCCCAGGCUGGAAUGCAGUGGUGCAAUCUUGGCUUACUGCAACCUCUGCCACCCGGGUUCAAGCAGUUCUCCUGCCUCAGCCUCCCAAAUAGCUGGGAUUACAGGUGCCCACCACCACACCUGGCUAAUUUUUGUAUUUUUAGUAGAGACAGGGGUUCACCAUAUUGGCCAGGUUGGUCUCUAACUACCAACCUCAUGUGAUCUGCCCGCCUUGGCCUUCCAAAGUAUUGGGAUUACAGGCGUGAGCCACUGCACCUGACAGGGACAGCUUCUUUGGGACAGCUGCUAACCUUGAAAUGACCAGACACCCAGGAGUGAUCAGUGCUGAAAAGGAGACCAUGCAAGGCAGCAGAGUUACAUGGUUCUUCAAAUCAUGUCUGAAUCUAUUCUUAGAAUCUUCUCUGUAAUAAGGGAAGUGCUCUUUCCCUACUGCCACAUAUCUCUAUUUUAAAAGAUAAGUCCAUUAACUGUGAGUAAAAAUGAUGUACAUAGUCAGUUAACCACACACUUUAAUGGGUAUAAUUUCCUGGCCACCUCCCCUCCUCAGCCCAUUAGGUUAAACACCAAAGAAAGACUGGUGUGUACUGAAUAGGAAAGGGAAGUUUUAAUUGGACCUUUCUAAGAGGAAAUUAACCAGGACCAAAGAGCCUUAAAGGACAUUCGGCAAAGCACAGCCACUUCCCCUCCCCAGCUUGGCUGCCCUAGGUGGUUUCUCAAGCUCCCUGGGGGAUUGUUGUGGCUCAUCUGGAAUCAAUGUGUGUAUAAGUUUUGUCUGGUAGGAUUGCUGACUCUGUCCAAAAGAUACCACUGUGAACUGAAUAAAUUUCUUGAGAGAGCACACAGGCACACACGCAUACAAACUGUAAACUAAGUCAAUAAAGCCUGAAUGGAAAGCAGGA